UGUCUGUCAGACCCUGUUUAUUAACAAGGUAUAUUCUGUUUUUGAGUAAACCUAUAUUGCUUUAAACUGUUACACCCCUCUUUGAAUUGUCCCUUUAAACCUUUUUAUGUUUCGACCACCUAGCUGGUAUAUGCCACUGGUGAAGGGAACAAAGAGACCCCUGUCCUAUAGGCCUUGUUUAUGUCAAAACACCCAGACCACUUCCCUAAUUCGUAGAGUACAUAAACAAUGAAUGACCAGUGGAUACAUUAACUGGUACUCCCUUUGUCUUAGGGAUAGGGAAUAUUGGGGUUGUUUGCCUGGUUUGGGAGGAAGAUUGGCUCUCCCUUUGAGAGCUAAUUUGGACACCAGCGAGACAAGUCAUAUUUUUAGGAGAGUACAAGAACCAUAUUCUUGUACUGUUAAUUCUUCUACUGUUAAAUAUUGUAUUCUUCGCCUGGUUGUCACCCUCCCUGAACAGAUAUCGGUCGCCCUGUUCAGCCCCUUAAAAGUCCUACUGUAUUAGACGAUCGGAACUGGUUUAGACUGUCCCCCUGUUACCAAGGCAACGCUCUCCGCCCUGGCCAUAGAUGAACAGAAGGAUUGAUAGUUUUAUACCUCAAGAUAAUUAUAGUCCCUUUCUUUUAAACCUUGUAAAGUUAUUUUACCUGUAUAUGUUAAGAGUUAUCACUGUUAGUUUGUGAAGCCUUGCAUGUCGGCUAAAUAUUCCGCUGAUAUAUAUAACUGUUAUAUGGUUACCAAUACAUGUUUUUUAUGUAUUAUACUUAUUAUUUGGAUGAGUGAUAUUUUGUAGCUUAACCUACCUUUGAGGUUAAGUGUUAAUAAAUCCUUUCUUUCGGAUCUUUCACUCAAACUACUCUGUGGAGAUAUCCUUAUUUGUUUUUCUUGUUUCUUUAACUAAAAUCUCCUGUAUAAAAUAAAUCCCUGAACUGGGUGCAGGUGAACAAGGAUUUACCUGUGACACAAAUGGAGGCACUGCCCGGAUGUUAAAUUUUCUUGGAAAAUAAUAGUUGUUUUUUCCCAAAAGGAAAAUCCUGUUUAGAUUAUACAUUUUUUGUAAUUGCUUUAAUUGAGAAUUAGGUUCUCUUUACCUCUCUCUUUGCUAGGAAGAGACUAACUAUUUUCUGUGUAUGAUUGUUGUUAUGUUGAUUGCCACAACUUGUAAAACACUAAGUUGGACAUAGCGUAUAUUUGGAAGUGGUCUUAAUAAUUUGAAGUGUGACCUUAUCAAAUUUUUUGCUGUUGUUCAGGUCAAAUCAGUAGCAGCCCUACUACUGACAGGCGUAACAGUAAACAAGGGGUAGCUUGUCCAGCUCAGUUGUUAUUGUGUUUUUUAUUUUGCUAUUUCGAACAAUUCUCAUCAUUUAAUUAUUUUGUUGUCUUCUAUAUAACAAUUAACACUUUUUUUAAAAUCCUGAUUGGUGCUACAAAUUGUACAUUUAGGCACCUUAAUAUUUUAAUUUAUUUUUUUACCACGUUUGGAAAGUUAACCCUUAUAAUCGUUUAAAGAUGUCUCUCGACUCUGAGUUUAAGGCCGAGCUAGAGAAGUUUCUGGCCGAUCAGGGUAAGACACUCUUAGACCUCACAGAAUCACUUAGUGAUAGCAGUAGUACCAAUGCUAGUCCCCCAAUAGAGCCCAAACAUGAUACCGUACCAGAGACUGUGGUGAAACACAUAGUCUCAGCUCCAUCUUCCCACAGGCGCCGACUCCGUCUGUUUUCUGGGCGACGACCUGUACCAAAUGGUGAAGCGGACUUCGACAAUUGGAGACGUCAGACCCAGCUGAUAGUCGACGCGGAUGAUUUGUCGGAGUCUGAGAAAAUCAGCAGGCUAACAGAAGCUCUUUUACCUCCUGCCAGUAACGUAGUAUGGGCAUUAGGGAAAGGUGUGAGCGCCAAGGAUAGUUUAGAGGGGCUGGAGAAGGCAUUUGGCACCACCUCCGAUGGGGAGGAGCUGUACCUACUUUUCACAGAAUGUUAUCAGGCCAGUGAGGAGUUUCCAUCGGACUAUCUACUUCGACUCCAAGACCUCCUGAUCAGGGCCCAAGAGAACGAUGGGAUAAAUGCGGGAAGGAUGGACAAGGCGAGGGUCCAUCAGUUCUCUCGUGGGUGCCUGUAUAACGACGCCCUCCUUCACACCCUGGCAUUGGGAAAGCGGCUCCCACCCCCUGAUUUUGUGUCCCUCCUUCAUGAGGUGAGACAGGAGGAGCAGAAAGAGAAGGAAAAGGAGGUGAAACGAAAGAGUGGGCAGAAAGGAAAGGGAUGCCAUGAGCAGGUAGUCCCCCAAGAAACGGAUCGAGUGGCAGAGCUUCACGAGAUGAUGGUCGCCUUGCAGCAUCAAAUUUCGAGCUUAAUGCCCUCUGGGAGUGCAGCUGCCCAGGCAAGACCAGAAGCCACCAACCAGAGGUCUAAUGGGAGACAGAGAGGACCCAGGAAGCCCGCUUAUCGCCUGAUCUGCUACAACUGUGGAAAAGAUGGCCAUCGCAUGGAUGAGUGCAAUGGUGAAACCAAUGCUGUUCUGGUGCAGCAGAAGAUUGCAGCAAGGAACCAGCCAGCGGGAAACGCCGAAGGCCGCCAGUAAAGGGACGACAGGUGGCCAAAGACAAACC